AUGGCAUUGGACCGAGUUAAAGUAUUUGGAAUUGCUGGCUUGUUCUUGUUUAUUUUUAGCAUUAUUCACCAUACUAAAAUUAUAUUGAAAAGUGGUUGGCCAAUGAGAAAAGCAUGGAGUAAGUUACCUUCAUCGUUCGAAUGUCGCGCUUAUAUCUUCAAUGUGACGAAUCCAAAAGAAAUAGCCAAUGGAGAAAAGCCUAUAGUUCGCGAAGUCGGACCUUUCGUAUACGAUGUUUGGCAAGAGAAAACACAGCAAAUGGAUCACGAAGAAGAUGAUACGUUAUCAUAUGCGACCAAGAAAACUUUUUAUUUCAACUCUGAAAAAAGUAAAGGCCUCUCUGAUGAUGACGAACUGACGAUUCCUCAUUUACUAUCGUUGGGAACAUCUAAUGGAGUAAUGAAAGACAAAGCCGUUUUUCUAUCAGUCGCGUCCAAAGCAAUCGAUAGUGUACUGCGAAAUCCUGAAAGUGUAUUUGUUAAAGAAAAAGUUAAAACACUGUUGUUUGACGGUUUUGAAAUUGAUUGUCGAGAGCCCGAAGAUUUCUUUGGUAAUGCGUUCUGCAGCGAUGUAAAAGAAAGCUGGCAAGAGUAUCGUUUGAUGAAAAAAGAUGAAAAUUUUUAUACCACAUCCGUAUGGGGAACGCUAAAUGCCACAGAUACUGAGUUGGGGAAAUCUCGCAUUCAUCGAGGAAUGACAAAUAUGUCAAAGAUUGGCGAGCUUGUCGAGUUCAACGGGAAGAAGAAUUUGUCUACGUGGAAAAAUGAAUACUGCGAUGCAUUUUCUGGCACUGAUGGUACAAUGUUUCGUCCUUUUCUCAGUGAGAAAGAAUCAGUUGAGCUAUACGUUACUAGUGCUUACAUGUGCCGAAGAUUACUCUAUCAUUACGAGUCAAAAAUCAAAUUUUCAGGAAUGAAGCUUUUGAGAUUUACAACAACAAUGGGAACUGACAUGGAAACCAAUCAACGAGAUCAGUGUUUUUGCAUAGCCCCGGAUCGAUGUUUAAAGAAUGGUGUUUUUGAAUUAUUCAGAUGCCUUAAUACGCCACUUAUACUUUCAAAUCCACAUUUUUAUUUAGCUGAUCCAUAUUAUGCCAAUUCAGUUAGAGGAGUAAAGCCGAUCAAGGAAAAACAUGAAACAUUUAUUGAUGUUGACCCACUGACCGGCGCGGUUAUUAAUGCAAGGUUACGAAUGCAAUACAGCUUAUUUCUCAUGAAAUUGGAAAAAUACAGAUUGGUACAGAACUUUCCUGAAGCAUUAUUACCAAUAAUGUGGAGUGAAGAAGUACUUGAACUACCGGACAUUGUAAUGAAAAAAAUUAAAUCCAUUCACAGAACCAUUACAAUGAUGAAAAUCUUCGAAUAUUUUAUGAUGUUUGGAGGAUUAGCUAUGUGUGGCUAUUCAGGAUAUCUCGAGUACACCAAACAGAAGGCUAAUGUCGCUGUGGAAAAUAUUACCAGCGUUGACAGCCACAACAAUUACAAUGGAAAUGAAAAAGGGUCAGCUUUACGAGGCAGUGGAAUUGGCUCUGACACGGUGCCACCAAAUAUAGAUUAA